AUGCAGACGGUAUGGAAUGUUCCCGCGGUAAUAUUGGGGGAAUUUGAUGCCAUUGAGGGUCCAAAGGAUCUUCAUGUUACAGAGUAUUAUGAAUAUCAAGAAAUGAAUUCGUUUGGUGCACAGAUGCCACAACUUUCUGCGUUUCAUGGAAAAGCGCUUUUCAGUGCUCAUUCAAUUAGCGGAUCGCUGCGCCCUCAUUCUAAGCAGAAAAUGAGAGAACUUGUUGCCCGUGUUCUCGAUUCGAAUGAGUCAAAUGAAGAAUCUGUCGUGAUGUCGGACCCUGAUGCAGGUGGUGUGUCCGGUAUAGCUUUUUGUCUGGGAGACAUACUUGCCCGGGGCGAAAGUCGCCGUUUUUGUGUGAUAAUUACACAUCCUCGAAGUGAUGAGCUCAUACGCCGAUGGCCUGUUCUUUCUUGCUUUAUGAGGAUUUUGCUAGAGGGCUGGGUUGAUGUGACAGAAAGGCGGUUGGCGUCCGAAUACUCUACGUUUCCCGACCUCGAGAGACGGCGUGAGGAGGCACGCAAACGUCCAAUGCGCCCACUGAUGUCGUUGUUGGCGGAAGACGACGAAGCAGAAGCUGAUGCGUUUAGGCGCACCCACAACUUUUUCGAAUGUGUUCUUUUGGCAUUGUUUGGAAGGACGCCAUUGAUACCUGAAGAACCGACCUGCGAAACUGCGGUUUUGAACACAGUGAAACAAUAUCUCGAGAUGAAGCUUCCGUUGGUGGAAACUAUUGAUGUUGAUGUCGGUUGGCCACCUGAAAUCGGCAGAUGCGUAUCAUUGGGCGACAGUAGGGUUGUGUCUUUAGGCCCCUUUCAUUUGCUAAAGCCUCUUUCGGUUUGGUUGCUGGUGUUUCUAGAGUGGAGUGAUACCGGUCUUGACGAAACGGAGUUGCUUUUAUCCGCUCUCCUGCGGGGCAAACAAAUUGUUGUGUAUGGUGCGGACAAUAUCCACUGUGCCGGCUUGGCGAUUUCCUUAUCGCAAAUACUGCCGAGAUCACUCAGGUCCGUUUCAGUUUUCUCGGAGAAGUACAGACUACCAUGCGAAAGUAGAAUACUCAGCUUUAAUACGCCUGUCCGUCUCGGGACGCUUAUCGAAAUGACACGUCAGACGAACGCUGGUGUUCCACAUUCGGACGUGGUUUGCGUAAAUGUAGAUGAUUCGGGGCGUAUCGUUUCCAUCCACAACUAUGGUGCUUGUGGGCGGGGUUCAGACACAGAUAAACCCCACGCAUAUCAUAAAAUAGGGGACGUGUCCCGCUCCAGCGUCGUAAAGCAGUUCACGAAUUUGCUUCGGUCACACAUGUUCGUACCUGCUGCUGCUCGUACGUGUAAAAAACUGCAGUUCCACAUCGAGCAACUAGUGGUGGAGACUGUCUUGCGGGGUCGGCUAUACGCGGAAUUGUUCCAGGAAGGUGCGACCCGCAUUACUAACAAAGACUCACUAUGCUCGGGUAAACGACGCACCUCUUACCGGCACUCGCGUCCAAUUUGGCAUCGUCUAUUUGAUUUCUUCCUGGGAGACUAUUGCCUCCCAUCAAGUAGGCUAGCUUCGGUCGAAUCCUCCUGUAAUGCAAACUUUUUUUCUGGUGAUACUGGCGCCGUUUUUGUUGACUCUGGAGGCAGGGUAGAGCCGAACUCGAUGGUAAACUCUAGCUACGACCAUGACGCAUUAAUUUUUCUUGGGAGUGCGUAG